AUGCAGGCGAACAACGUUUUGUUCGCGUUAGUGCUGGCUGUGAUCUUUGCUAACAUUUGUGCAACGAAACAUCACAAAUCCACGGGUCAACACUCUCGGGUAAAGAAACUAUUUUAAUCUUUAUUAAAUACCACUGUUCUAUAUUUGCUAGCUCUCAAUCGGUUAAACCUGACGUUUGUUCGUUGACUGACAACUGACAAACGAUGGAACUGUCAUUUGGAAAUGAUAUCUUACAAAAUAUCUUAACUGAUAGCUGACAAACGAUAAAACAGCAAUUUGAAACUGACAUCUUAUAAAAUAUAUUUUUGAUAAAUAAUACUAAUUUGCUUGAAUUUAGGUGACGCCUGACAUGUAAAGACAAAUUGCAUGAGAGUUGAUAAGCGAGAGUUUACGUGAGAGUUUUCCUGAGUUUUCACUGUUCGAUGAGAAUAAGAGUUGAGAAUAAGAGUUGCAUGAGAUGAGAAUAAGAGUUGCAUGAGAGUUGACAAGCGAGUGUUUACAUACGUGAGAGUUUUCCUGAAUUUUCAUUGUUUGAUGAAAUGAGAAUAAGAGUUGCAUGAGAGUUGACAAGCGAGAGUUUACAUACGUGAGAGUUUUCCUCCUCUAACGUCAGGGGCGUAUAGCCAGCCCCAAACGAGUGGGGGAUGGGUGGGCCUAAUCGUCCGACCCUGUGGGGACAUGGUCCCCCGGAAAAGCUGCGAAGUUUAUCACUGCUUUCCAACAUUUUAAGAUACACAACCACGAAGAUGAUUUGGAAAGCAAACACGAACACCGGGAAAAACGCUCUUCACAUCAUCAUGGAAACCCUCACGUGGUGAAGAGGCAGGGUGGAGAAUCAAGCACGACUACGACAACGACAGAAUCACAAGGUACAACGACAGGGACUACAACGACAGGGUCACAAGGUACAACAGGAUCACAAGGUACAACGACAGGAUCAGAAGACUCAACAGACACUCCAAGGUAAGUGAACAAUGUAUAUCUUCUAUCAGUUGCUUUGAGUAAGCAGUAAGCAGUAAGCACUAUGACGCAGCAGUGAUCAGACUUGAUCAGACAGCAGUGAUGUUAAUUCUAGACUAACUUCCCAGCGAAGAGCCUUCGCUUGUACUUUUCAGCUAGUGGAAUUCCUCGCAAUCCAAAGCUUUCUGGUGUUGUAUUCUUCAUUUGGUAGUCUUGUAUUUGAAGGCAAAUAAAUAGAAUUGAGAGAUGUACUUUAACUUUCUUGCUCUAGAAAUGUCAAACAUUUCCAAGGUUGACCACUAUCUGUUGCACGAUAACAUUUCACUUUUCAAUCCCAUUUAUUUUUCACCAAAUACAAGACUACUACGUACAAUGAAAACAACGACAAUCUCAGUCUGGUAAUUACAUGGAACGCCUGAAAUUUAUCCUUGUUACUGAAGCGAGUACAGGCUAUAACAAGGAUAUAUAUCGACAUUUUUUGGGAGUGUGCAUCUCGCAGUUGAAGGGUUUCUGUAGAUGGAAUUUCAAGCAGAUGAUUAUGUAUAAUUCUAAAAUUAAACGAGACUUACCUGUAAGUUGAAGUUUGAUUGGGAUUCUACUAGUCAUCAGUCAGGAACGAAGGAGUCACAUGAGAAGCGCGUGCGUGCUUCGCUGAUCAGUUUUUAAAGUGAACGGUUGCAGGAAUGAGGAACGAAGAGUCACGGGAGGGAAGGGCCUGGUACAGAGUACCUGGGCAUGUGACUCCGUAGUGACGUGACUGAUGACGUAGUAUAAUUUUAGAUCUAACCUGAAGCACUUGUGACAAAUGCAACUAUGGGCUCCCUAACAGGAAUUGAACCUGCAGCCCUGCGAUGCCGGUGCCGCUCUCUAUCACGCGUAAAAUUGAGAAAAUCAACAACUUGUUCCAGGUUGACAUCAACAGGCGUGAACAAGGUUGUGCGGCCCACUAUGAACAGUAUUGUCAACAUGUUGUUACAGCAUUGUUCAACUGUAACAACUUGGAACAACAUGGUUGACAACUUGGAACAACAUGGUUGACAACUUGGAACAACAUGGUUGACAACUUGGAACAACAUGGUUGACAACUUGGAACAACAUGGUUGACAAUUUGUUCAUAGUUGGCCGCACAACAUUGUUCCCGCCUGUCGAUAUCAACUUGGAACAACCUGUGCGUUUUUAGCCGUGGUAACAGAGUUACGGCGUCCUGUUGUCGAGCUCUAACCACAAGUUCCUGCCAGAGGGUUUAGAGUUGCAUUUUACUGGUUAGGUCUGAAAUUAUAUAUAAUGUUCCGCUCGGAACGUCCAUCUCCCCAAACGCUUCAACCAUAACCGGUAUAUCCAUACUUUGCGUAGUGCCCCAGACCAACCCGCUCCAUCUUUAUCAAUACCUGACCUUCAUCUUGAUGUCGGGAAAGUGAAGAUUCAGAGUCAGACAGAAUCCUGCAAUGGCGUUCUUCUGGAACCAACGUUUGUAUUGACCAGCGCAUCUUGUGUUUACCCCAACCAUACUGCUGAACCACACGAGAACAUCACUUUCGACAUGGGAACAGAAUCUAAACCAGUCAAAAAGGUAUAUUUGUUGAGGUUCUUCAUUAAUUUAUCGUUUAGUGUUAGUUUUUCUUUUUUCCAAAAUGUUUAGUGUUGAAGGAACUAAAAUUUGGUUAAUGUUAGAGAAAACGUUAGAUUUUACUGUUGAGCUACUAAAUUUGAAACAAACUGGAAAAAUUUACAUACGGUUCCAAAUUUCACCAAUCUCGUGUGAACAUGUACAGACCGAAUAACUCGGAUCAACAAGGCGUGAUCCUCACUGGACCUCUAGGACGAACAGUUUAGAACUGAUAGAGCUAUUCAGUAUAAAUAAAGUUAGUUUAGUUUAGGUUUCCUCCUGUAGUAACACUGGAUCAAUAAGAGAUGAUCCUUACUGGACCUCUAGGAAGAACAGUUUAGAACUGAUAGAACUAUCCAGUAUAAAUAAAGUUAGUUUAGUUUAGGUUGCGUCCGGUAGCAACGCUGGAACAAUAAGAGAUGGCUCCCACUGUUUAAAAAAGUUUAUAUAUCUGAUAAAGUUUCCAAUAUAAAUAAAGUUUAAUUUCAGUGAGUGGUCCUCAUUGACAGCUGAACGGGCUUCGUAUAACGGGUCUGAGGUAAAAUCUAUAUUUGCAGGUAUUCCGUAAUCCGUACUGGCAUCUCACAGGCGAGCGGAAGGAGAAUUUCGCCUUACUUCAACUCCAACAACCGAUGGCUCAUCAAAAUCAGAAAUAUUUAUCAUCCAUGGCGUGGAGUUCCUACGCUCUUGAGGACCUGGGUGAUAGUUAUGUAGGCGACCCAGACCCCUCAAGUUGUAACACGGCUUCAAACCCCGCUCGUCGUGGUGAGGUGAUACGUCACGUGAGUGAUCAGCUCAUCACGUUGUCCUGUUCAAAUAAGGUACGGUUACCAAGUGUUUCAGAAGUUUCAACCUUUCUUAAUUCUAUCCAGUUGAUAUUUUUAUUCCAUUCCAUUUAUUCCACUUUAUUUCAUUCUAUUCCACUCUUUUUUGUACCAUUCCACUUCAUUCAACAGACCGUUUAUUCACUUUUCACCCAAUGGCCUCGUUUUCAUGUCAAAUACUUACUCAUGUUUUGUGCGUAGUAGGGUUGAAAAUUACUUUGUUAUUGAGCCUACGAACAGCCAGAAACAAAUUCGCCCAGGAAAACAUGGGAAUAUAAUGUUUAUCUGCCCCUGACAUGCUAAAAUAAGUGAACAUUGAAACGAGGUAUAAAACGAGGGUAAAAGAGAAUAAUCGGUCAGGUCUAUCUCAUUCUAUUUCAUUUAGGGUACUUUUGCUGCAGGUAGUCCCAUAUUCCGCCUGGUCGAUAACGCGCCUGUCAUCUAUGGCGUGUACCUUGGUCACUGUACCACGGGCUCGCUGGAUCGUGCUAUCAGUGGAUCUUGCGGGGCACGCAUCUCGAAACAGGUGUUCCUAGAUUUUUGCCAACAAGCUGCGAAGGAAAAUGUCGAGUUGACGGCAUGUGAUUCAGAACUUCUUGACCGAAGUAAGUAGACAUACAUCUUCCCUGGUGUAGUCAGGGUGUGACGGGUCAAAAUUGCUAAAACGCUAUAACUUUAUACUGGCUAAAUCUAUCACUUUCAGACUGUUCUCCUUAGAUAUCCAAUGAUAACAUGCUUUACUGGUCUACUAUUACCGCAUGCGGAAACCGGAGUACCAGGUGAUGUAAGGAUCAUCUCUUGUUGAUCCAGUGAAAACCUGCCGUGUUGAGUAGAGUCAAACGAAGAAGAGGUGAAAUUACAAUCAGACAACUGCAUUAUUGCAGGAAUGGGACCUCAGUCACAGAAAUGAAAGACACAUCCAUGCACGAGGCUUAAACCUUACUACUUUUUCUUUCAACAGCAAACGUCAACUUCCCCACGACUGUGUUUUCACGAGAAACAUACGACGCCAUGACUGAACGAAAUCACAACCCUAAAGCCGUCCUACUCGCCUACCACAGCUCCGGUAAGGAUGAUGUUAAAAUAUUCAUAAAAUAAAACCCUGUCUCAUACCAGACCAUUUUAUUCUAUAAAACUGUCCCCCAAUGAUGUCCAAAUCAUUUCGUGCACACUUACACACGUAAAAAUCUCACAACUUGUCAACAAGAAGUGUUCGCAACAGACUUGUAGCAAGCUUGUCAACAAGUUGUAACAAUGCUGUUAUUUUAUCAAGUUGCUACAAGGUUGUCACUCACAACUUGUCAACAAGAUGUGUUCGCAACAUGCUUGUAGCAAGCUUGUCAACAAGUUGAAUGCUGUUAUUCUAUCAAGUUGCUACAAGGUUGUCACUCACAACCUGUUGACAAAUUGUUGAAUUGCAGGACGAUAACAAGUUGUUGCAACAAUUUGCGACAAAUCUGUUGAGCUCAACAACCUUGUAGCAACUUGUGAACAAGCUGGGAACACUCGUGAUAACAAGGUUGUUGGAACAGCAUUGCUAGAAGUCCGCUGCCGGUUUGUUACAACUUGUGCAUUUUUACUUGUGUAGUAUUAGGUGAUCGAGCAAUUGUGUUAGGGAUAGCGAUUGGUUUAGAAUUAGCAUUAGGUUUAGUAAAGCGUUAAGACAACAUUAGCGUAAUUUCAUUAUUUUUCAGCAUCUAAACAUUACCAAGAUUUUGUCGAAGACAUGGAAACAGUUCAACGGUUGAAAUCAGUCUACGAUAAAUUUCAAUUUGCUGUAGUUGAUGUGAACAUUCUACCAAUCCAAGUUAAGGCUGUGCCAUUUAUCGAAUACAGAACAAAAUCCAGCGACGCAUUUAUCUCUUAUAACGAUCCCUAUGAUUCCUCGAACUUUAGAAAGUUUAUGGACACUUUCGGGUAAGUCGGUUGGACAACGGACGUCUUGGAAUCAAAGAUAAUCAAGGAUUUUAAUAUGUUAAGUGUGCAUAAAUGUUAAGUUAAUUUUAAUUUCUGUUUGCAGACGAGUUGGUGCGCCUCCCAGCGGCUCUACAAGUAAGUACAAUGAACUGUCAUUUCCAAAUCGAUACCUUGUGAUAUCAAUCAUAUGCCCUAUAUUGCCCUAAGUAAGCAAUAGACCAUCGCGAUUGUUCUUGAGAUUCCCCCUUCACCUAACCCUCUUAAGGCUGCUUUAAACUAUCAAAGUUUCUGUGAUCACAGUAGGAAUUUUGCACAGGCAAAUUCUAAGUUUUGAAGGAUUUAUAAGAAAUGUUUGAGGAAACUGACCCAGCGUUAAACAUUGAGCAGUUCCUUCAUACAUUUCUUACAAAUUCUUCAAAGCAUAAAAUGAUCCUACGCAAAAUUUCUACCACAGAAACUUUGACAGUGUAAACCAGGCUCAGAGUAGGCUUAGAAAGUACAAUUUACGAAAUAGAAAUGAUCUUUUUUACCUUGUUUUCCAAAGCGUUUCUUCAAAAUCUUCAUCUGGAGAAGAGAUCCGAUGUUCCUGGUACUUCACGGCUAGGUGACGGUGGAGCUGAAAAUGAUGUGCUAACAGUAAAGUCAAGCAGUCUUCCCCGUAAGUUAAAAUCAUAAUUACUAGAGGUAGCAAUAAUGCUUAUAGGAUUUGUACGACUAUAAAAAUGUGUACAAUGAAAGGUCACGGGUUCGAUUCCCACCGUGGUCAGUCAAACUUUUCAGCUUGCCCGGUGUGGAUGCACACUCAGAGUAACGUCGCAAACAUCAUAUUCACCUGAGUACAUAACGAAUGAAUUUAAUCAACACGAAUGAAAGCUCUCCCGCCGUUUCUGUUCAGCGGAGGAUCUUCCUGUGUGGAAGCUGGCUUGUUCAAUCUGUCUCUUAGUUUACUUGACAUGUCCAGUUUCAGGAAAUAGAGCCACGUUUACUCAAACUCUCUGAAGUGGCGACUAUUUUGAAUUUCGAGUUUAACUAUUCCAUUUAAUUUUUUGCUUGCCUGAAUCCUUUAGCGAGUUUGAGUUCGCGAUGUUCUAUUUGUUAUCAUGAUUACUAUUUUGGAGGUGGGUGCCCUCCAGGUGAUCUCGUGUUCGUAUUUUAGCCAAUCAGCGCUCAGAAAGGGUUGUCCGAAUAGAAAUCCAUUUUGAUGUAUUCAGUCAAUUAUAUCUUUCAUUAUUCUUUAUGAAACUAGUUGAACAAAAAUAGCUACUAGCUCUGACAAAAAUAUGGAAUCGAAAUAAAGUAUAUUACAGGAGAUAUACAGUUGUUUUAAUCGUAAAAUGGAUUUCUAUUUGACAACUAGUGCCAGUACUUUUCCGCGUAUCAAGAUCACCUGGCUGCAUGGGACCUUUUAUAAGAGUCCCGUUCGUACCUUACCUUUUUGGAUCUACAUUUGAUAUCUAGGUUAUUUUAACUUAAUGUAAUAUUUGUUCUGUUAUAUUCUUUUGUUUGUUAAAAAUUGUGAAUAUCGAUCCAAAUAAAAUUUGUUAAAUUAACACCAACACACACAAAUUGCAUGUAAUCAACGAUUUCCAGCGACAAAAGGUGGUCAUGUUUUGGCAAUGUAAUUCACCCCCUCCUCUGAUCUAUAUAGCUAUUAUUCAUUUAUUCCAGAGACCGCUGGUGAAAGGUUUAUACCGCAGGGAACAACAUGUCAUGCGACUGGAGGUUAUUAUUUAGUCCCGGACAAGAAAUGUACAUGUCUGCCGACACAUUUUGGAAGUGGAGAAGCCUGUGAAGGUACGGUGCUGUGAGUACAAACAAGUUAGAUAAACAUAUUUUCGUUCACUACACGGCUAAAAACGUACAGGUUGUUCCAAGUUGAUAUCGACAGGCGUGAAGAAUGUUGUGCGGCCAACUGUGAACAAGUUGUCAACCAUGUUGUUCCAAGUUGUUACAGUUGAACAAUGCUGUAACAGCAUGUUGACAAUACUGUUCAUAGUGGGCCGCACAACCUUGUUCACGCCUGUUGAUAUCAACAUGGAACAAGUUGUUGAUUUUCUCAAUUUUUACGCGAGUACUCUGAUGAAGUGAAUAAAUUCAGCGAGGGGUAAACUAAAGUCACAACAUGACUUUGAACAAAUAAAGACAACUGGAGUGUGGGAAUGAAAUUUGUUUAGCGAUUGCAUUCACUUAACCAGAGUAUAGACACUAGACUGCAUUGUUCAAACGUUUGCUCGUGAAUUUACUUCAUUUACUUUUAAUUCUACCAGAGUAGACACAAGCCUAAAUUUAUACCUCCCCACAAGAUAACAAACAUAAUUGUGAUUUUUUUCUUUUAUUUUUAGCGCUGACAACUGUAAUUCAAAGUAAGGUUCUGUGCUAAUUGGUUAUUAUUUUAAUGUGGUUAAAUAUAUUUAAGCAAGGUUAACGGUGGAUGUAUUAUGCAGGCUACAUCCGCUGAGGGGAGUCCGUGACGUCAUAUCGAUCAAAGGGGGUUGUUUCGUGCCUUGUGAUCAGUGCUUCGGUCUGGGUAUUCAUUCUGCCAUUGUGUGCUUUGCCUAGUGCAGCACGUUUAGCGCUUCGAUACCUUUUCCCCACCCUCCCACCCAUGUUAUUCUAAAGGAUUUUAUCUGGUAGUAUGUCAUUUUUUACUGUUUUAUACUUUUUUAAUCUCACAGAAAAUAGGAUGUAUAGACCACUAUACAUUGUAAAUCAGCGUUUAAUCUUUCGAAUAACCAGUCUCUUUAGAAUAGGUUGUUUCUUAUGUCAAGACUAUAGUCUGAGAUAAAUAUUAUUGUGAUGUGCAUAGUUUCAAAAUGUUGGGCCUGGACGAAAAUUACUUUGUGUAAAUGCAGUCACCCAACAAAAAUAAAGUGCAUUUUUAUUAUUAACUGUAACUGAACGCGAGCGAGAUGGAUCAACACAAGAAUACUCCAACAAACCAAUAAAUAAAGAAAACUGGCAAGGUUUGCUUUCUUGAUCAACACAAGAAUACUCCAACAAAUUAUCGACAUAACAUUCUCUACUUCUUUUCCAGCUAACUGUGAAUACAAUGUAAAUGGGCAGAAAAAGAAAUACCAGGACGUGAAAACCCAAACUGGAGAGAAAACUUGGUGUAACGAGAAGAAGAGCAUUGAAGCCACUGUGACAGCAACCAGUGACGUCAGCGGGAAAACACUGACAUCUGACGACUGUGCAGAUGCUAUCGUUGAUUUAAUCGAAUGUUCCUCUGACAAUAACCUUCAAAUACUUCAUGACAUUCCUUCCAACUCUUCCAUCAAACGCAGCGAGAUACAACGUCGCAGUCCAGUUAACACAAAGAGUGGAAAUCCUCCGGAAACCUACCUGUCCAAUUUCGAAGGGAACAGCCCUCCUGGCCCCAUCACCCAUGCCCCCAACACGCAUUAUUUCACAGUCGCAGGCGAAGGAGCUCAAGCCAGUGCAACUCCUUACUCAGUGCUGUUCGAUGGAAACAGAGGAGACCCUGUAAUGCUCUCAUAUAAACUCAUUAAAGCAAACAUGCUGAAUAUCGAUAUUAACAAGAGAUUCCUACGAAACAGAAGGACCAAACUAGGUAUGAAGUUUACCAAACCAACUUUAUUUAUACUGUUAGCUCUAUCAGUUCUAAACUGUUCUUCUUAGAGGACCAGUAAGAAUCAUCUCUUAUUGAUCCAGUGUUACUACAGGAGGAAACCUAAACUAAACUAACUUUAUUUAUACUGGAUAGCUCUAUCAGUUCUAAACUGUUCUCUCUGGAGGUUCAGUAAGGAUCAUCUCUUAUUGUUCCAGUGUUACUACAGGAGGAAACCUAAACUAAACUAAACUAAUUUUAUUUAUACUGGAUAGUUCUAUCAGUUCUAAACUGUUCUUCCCAGAGGUCUAGUAAGGAUCAUCCCUUAGUGCUCCAGUGUUACUACAGAAGAAAACCUAAACUAAACCAACAUUAUUUAUACUGGAUAGCUCCAUCAGUUCUAAACUGUUCUUCCUGGAGGUCCAGUAAGGAUCAUAUCUUAUUGAUCCAGUGUUACUACAGGAGGAAACCUAAACUAAACUAACUUUAUUUAUAGUGGAUAGUUCUAUCAGUUCUAAACUGUUCUUCCUAGAGGUCCAGUAAGGAUAAUCUCUUAUUGCUCCAGUGUUACUACAGGAGGAAACCUAAACUAAACCAACUUUAUUUAUACUGGAUAGCUCUAAAGUGACAUGCUCUAUAAACACUUCAAGAGGUUAAUCUAAUUCACCUAAGUAAGACAACAAUGAUUAACUAAUUAAACCACCAUUUUUUUCCAGACAAAAGCCACGUUCGUAUGGGAUCGAACUUGAUCUAUGCGAAGCGAGGCAACACGACAUCGCCCAAGGCAGUAGUGGAAGGUCAACUCAAUCCCAAUCUAAUACACUCUUACGACAACAAGGCAAUGGACUUGACAUUUAACCACCUCAACGGUUUCCCACAGUACUCUGCGACCGCCAAUGGUGUGUGGAGGAAAUAUGAAGAAAAGAUGGCUCUCUACGCCAAGGACAGAUGCAGUGCGAAGGACGAUAGCGCCGUGUUCUAUGCUGUAAGCGGACUGUCUGAUUAUGAGUUGACUGGCAAAGGUUCAAGUGCGUUCCUUAAACCAGCCAUGUAUUGGCCAGUAGCAUACGAGGGAGCAAUACCACAACCUUACCACAGCCCAAAACUCACGGAUGGGUUAGCAAAGUCGAUUAUUAUGCCAAAAUCAAUCUGGACUGUAGGAUGUUGUACUUGGACAGAUAACGGUGAGCCAAAGGCAGAGUCGAUCUCAUUCUGGGCUAACAAUAAACCCCGUGGUAUCCCGAAACACGAGAACCAGCCUGAUCUGCACACCCUGGGAGCCCGCCUGUUCCCGGGAAAACCUUGUUUCCAGUUCUUCCCUGCCAACCCACAAUGCAACAUUGCUGACAAUCAUUUCACAUUCGCGCCGUAA